AUGUCAGACCCAAGACAGUUAAUAGCUGAAGCAGAGAAGCUACUCAAGCCUCAGCUGGGAUUUUUUCUGUUUAUCUCAGGAUCAUCACAAUCGAUCCGUAAGGAAGACGCAACCGAUUUAUACAUUCAAGCGGCAAAUAGCUAUCGGUUGAAGAAGGACUUCAAUCAGGCAGGUAAUCAGUUCUUGAAAGCUGCAGAAAUACAACAGAGCUUAAAUAACUACAAUGAUGCUGCUAAUCAUUUAGUGGAGGCUUACAAGUGCUACAAAUCGACCUCCCCCACAAAUGCGAUUGAUGCCUUGUCGCAAGCAAUUCACAUCUUUUUGACUCAAAAUGGACAAUUUAGAAGAGCUGCUAAUUUUACUAUGGACUUGGCUGAAUUGUAUGAAAGCGUGGGAGAUACUACGAAUGCCAUUAAAAGUUACGAGCAGGCUGGUGACUACUUUACUACAGAUAAUGCCGAAGCACUCUCAAAUAAGGCAUUCCUCAAAUGUGCAGACUUAUCAGCCGCAAAUAAUGAGUACAAGAAAGCCAUUGAGUUGUAUGAUAUCGUAAUAAAGAACCUGUUGAACAACUCAUUGACAAAGUGGAGCUUGAAGGAUUACUUUUUCAAAUCUUUGUUGUGUGUUUUGUGCACCGAGGAUGUAGUCGAGGCUGAAAAGAGAAUGGAAAAAUAUUCUCAAGAUGACCCUAAUUGGCCAGAAACAAGAGAGUACAAGUUGAUUGAGGCGUUAUUAGAGAGUAUUAAAAAUGGCGAUGUCGAAGAUUAUUCGGAUAAAGUUUUUGAGUAUGACAAGUUCAGUAAACUUGAUAAAUUGAAGACCCAAUUGUUAUUGAAGAUCAAGACAUCAGUCGUUGAGAACGACGAGGUCGAUAUUUUAUAG